AUGUUCGCAUCACCGCAAACCCCAUUCCGCCAAACAGGCCACUACACACCCUCAAAACCAUCCCCCCUCAACAUCUCCACACCCCCAUGGACAAUGUCUCCAACCCGCAACUCAUCCAACCCCCCAUUCGCGCUCUUCCAAACCGAGCCCGUAAACCGGCACACCCAAAACCACACCUCCCCAAUCCCCCUCAACAUGAAUUUCAGCAUGGACCCAAACACAUCCACCCAAUCACCAAAUACAGGCUCACCCACACGCCCAAAACCAAAAUACGAAGCGCGGUAUGCCUCAACGAUCGCAAAUCCACUUAAGAAUUCGGGGCUGGCGCGCUCCAAGACGCGGCGCAUGUUUCUGAAUCGCGUGCGGAAUGAUCGCGACGAAGGACGCUUUGAGGCUCGUGGUGAACAGAUGAUGCAUAUGGAGCAUCUUGCUGAUCGGAGGAAGUGGGAGGAGUCAAUGGCGCGUGAGGGGGAGAUUGUUGAACCUGAUAUUGCAGAUGAGGAUGAUAUGCUUCCUGAUGAUGGGGAUGUCUUGGAUGAGUUCCUUUCGCAGGAGGAGGCUAUGGAGAUGGCGUUGAGGGAAACGCAGAUGCGGGCGCAGACACAGGCGCAUGGGCGGGUUGAUCAGUUGCGUGGGAAUGGGAGUGGGAAUGAUGUUCCGUAUAGUGAUGAUGAUGAUUAUGAUGAUAUAUUUAUGAGACUGCAGGAGCAGUCUCAGGAUAUGGAUAUGUCGUGA